GCCAAACACGAUACGGCUACGCCUCUUUACUUUCUCCAUAUGAAGGAAAUUCAAGAGAUAGCUAAAUCACCAACCACUAGGAACUUUCAGAAUGUUGAGGCACUGGUCCAAGCUUUCAUAAAAGAAUUUUCCCUUCACAAUGAACUGAAAAUCUAAGGGAGCAGAUUGCUCGUUUCCGGCAAUAUGCUUUUGAGUUGUUUUACAAAGCAUGAGAUCAAUUUUAGGAGCUCAUUCAUUCAUUCCCUCCUCAUGGCUUUGGGCAAGAACAGUUAGCGAACAUCUUUGACAAAGGUACUGAUCUAAAAACCACGGUGAUGGUGAAUCAGGCUGCAAUAGGUGACAUAAUGCCAAGGACCCCUCCUUUAGCUCUUUAGCAUUUUUGCGUUUUAUGGCUGCAAAGUCCCAAAAUUUGGUUAGGAGGACUACUCCAAUGUCUACAAAAGGGUGUAACAAUCAGAUGGCCCCUAUGUCAGUCUGUCUCAGCAUCUAGCGCAGUUAAUGGGUGUGGUAAAUGCAUGAAAACUGGAACAUAACCAGAUCGUAGCAUAACCAUUUGCCUGGUGCGUCAAAGAUGGUUACGAUGGGCAAAACUGUGGGGAUAUAGACGAAUCCCCAAUCGAAGAGGUCGAUUUCAUGGGUACUUGUUAUAGGAGUUUUGAUAAUAAGUUGAAUAGUGAUUAUAGAGCGUGCAUGGAGCCAACUAUCGGCUAAACCUUAGCCACUUCUGAGAAGUCAAAGUCAGCCGACUACCCAAAAUAUCAUCGACCAAUGCGUUGUACCAUCAUAAAAUGCAUCGAGAUGGAAGGCUCCACCCAAUUCUAUUUGGGGUAAGAAAGUCGAAUCCCGCACUACCAGGAUUUGAUAGGUGACCACCACUCCAAAACAAGAACAGGAACCCUCCUGAUCCUCUAACAGGACUUACUGAUGAUGAACUACGUGCAUACAUCAGAGUUCAAGAGGAAACUCUUAAGAAAUUGAAGUGCGAAUUAGCUUCCCUUUUGGAGUUUCAGAAUACCCAAAGGAACACAAAAUCUCUCCCAAAACAAUACAUAAAACAAUCCUAAAGAAGAUAUCGAGGUUUUUGGGGAAAACCAAUAUGAACCUCACAAAAUUUUCACCAACAUCCUGCCAGAAUCCAAUUUUAUCGACUUCAGUCCCAUGAGUACCAGAAGGUGUCAAAAGGUACAAAGCUGAAAGCUAACCUAGAAGUUUCCCACUAAGCAGAAAUCGACGGCUCAACUGCCAAUUUUGAACUAAAAUCGACGCUCGUGGUGCCAAUUUUUGGUCAUCUAGAACAUAUUCUAGAACUCAGUUCUCCACUAAUUCUUCAGUCUUUGGGAAUACACAAGUAGACCCUAAAGUCAUCUAGGCCGAAAGUCUCUACCAAGGGGAAAAAAGAGAUAGCCUCACUAGUACUUAAAGUGAUUUUUCUAUUGGCUAAAUUUUUUUAAAUCUUGUUUUGGGCAAAAAAAAAAUAGAGAAACAAUCCCAAGAUGAAGGAGCCAUCUACAGCAUAAGAACAUAAAUGGCAACCUAGUUGGCCGAUGAGUCAGUCCCGCUUUGAAUCGAUUAAAUUCUAAAACCGUGGAUAAUGAGAGUUCUUAAAGUUAACUCGUACACGGAGUAUCCAUUAACACCUACCACGAAGAACAGUCUCGACCUUCUAUACGUACACAAAAAGAAACCUUUUUUAUAUACGUAAAAGAAGAUAGAAAAGAACUCCUUACCUUAUCAUGGAGAUGAAUUCUCUCUAAACCUUGAAAAUAUGAAAUUUUUUCUACCACAAAGGGCAAAAUUUAAGAAUGUUAUGAAACAAGAAGAGACAAACAAUCCUCUCUUUGAAGGAUUCGGCUGCCACUACAGCCUGAAAUUGCCAGAAUUUGGUGGCAUGGACGCCAAUUUUCCAUCUCCCAGAGAAGAUCUUGGUUCUUUACUUCAUUCUACCCUCAAUGAGUUCCUCACAUUUUUGGAAGGAAGAGAAGCUGUCAUACCAAUAUGAAGGCUAUCGUAGGCAUGUCUGGUAUGACGAAAGAAAUAAGGUAACUUAUAUUUCAUGAGCAUGAGCGCUCUCUAAAGCUCACUAUGGUGAACCUACCUUCCCACAUGCAUAUUCUAGUACUAAAAAAUGUGUCUGAUCCAGGGCACUUCAUCAUUCCAUGUAUCCUCAACGAUCUUCAUAUAACAGAUGCGCUUACAGACAUAGGAGCUAGUCUUAACGCGAUGCCCCUUUACAUUUAUAAGAUGUUUGACAUCAACCAUCUAGAGGAGGAAACCAUGGAAACAUCAUUGGAUAACAACAUUAUUUGUCACCCUUUAUGCAUGGUCAAGUAGGUGCAGUUUCUCUCGACAUUGUAGUACUCUAAUAUGAACAAAGAUAGAGAUUAAUCUAUCCUAUUUGGAAGGCCUUUAUUAGCCGCAUUCCACUCAUAAAUCGACAUUCCUAAAAGUCGAAUCAUGAUGAGAAUCAAUAAUGUAGAGCAUAUCAUAAACAUAUCAACGCAGGUGCUUUGAAAUGAAUUUUCUCCAGCCAAUCGAGUCCUCCUAUGGUAGAAUCAAAUCAUGACUCCUCAAAACCUCUUAUGCCAAACUAUUUGGAGGACAUCGACGCGACUCUUCCAAUAUAUCAACAUAGAAAAGGAUUUGGAGUUCAAAUCUAGGCAAUAUAUGAGGGGAACUCAGUGUUGGCUGAAAGCAAAAGAGAAUUCGAGGAAUUGAUGCGUAGCCUUAACGUGCAUGUCUAUGAGUCGCCUAUCUUGGCUCAAGACAUCUAUCCUAAUUAUUCCCUCGAGUUACCUUUGCCAGCCAUUUGGGGAGCCGAAUGUCCAGCGAAGCCUCAUUGGUAGUAUGACUAAAACGAUAUUGGCCUCAUUUAGCUCAAAGGCAUAAAAGAGAGGUUGUUAUAUGGGAGGCAACCCAUGGUUUAUCCAACUUAAAGAUAAUAAACAAAUUAUUACCGAAGAUAAAUCAGAUUCACCCCCCCCCCCAUCCUAGCUUCAAGAUUUGGCUUAUUAUCAAUAAAUUUUUUAAGUUAUAGCUCAUGGAACGCACGUCAUCGUCCAAGCUUUAUAGAAUGACACAGAGCUGGUAUCACUUAUUGUCUCUGCUUUUUAAAUGUAUUCCUAAGCCCUUGUUAUCUAUCGAUUUCUUGUGAUUUUCAAUGAAUAAGUGCUCGGUAGCCUUGGAAACAGAAAUAAAAACCCAAAUCAGAACCACCCAACCAACCUAAAAUGGUAGCCUUUGUAUCUUUAUUAUUACUUAGAUUUAUAGUGUCAAAAUUAUUCAUGCAUGUUGAAAUAUAUGUUUAAAAAAAACAAUUUUUUAAUUGGCUAUUAGUUCAAUCUUUUAUGUAGUUAACUAAUCAAAUUAUUCAUUUUUCAUUCAGUAUAGUCUAUCAAGAUCAAACCAUAACGAACCAGACCACACAUACGUGGCCUAAUCUGAACCGAAUAGUCUAUGAUCUGGUCUAUGGUCUAUACUCCAAAUUCUCGGUCUGGACAAUAAACUGUAUAUAUGGUCAGAUCUGAACCAGACCAGACUGUUUCUCAACCCUACGGUUUAGCCUGAUCAAACGCCCUAGUCGUGAUAAUUCAGCUGGUUGAACUGGCCGAGUCCUUUAAACCAACUGGCUUGCUAAAUGUCGCCCUUGAAAUUGCUAAAACUCAAGGAAAAACUCAAAAUUGGCUUGAACACACAAGCCCUUAUUCAAUUCAAAAACAUUCCCCUUCCCCCUGCAACUCCUCUCACCCGCCGCCGACCCACCUCUGUAACUCGCCGCCACGUGCCACCUGUGCAAAUCGCCAAUUAAAAUUCUGUUUUUUUAAAUAUUCUGUUUUUUAUUAUUCAAUAAAUGUUAAUAAUAAUAAAAUUGAUUAAAAAAUAUACUCAAUAAAAAUAAUUUAGUUAUAUAUUUUGUCAAUAAUGAUAUAAAAAUUUAAAAAACGU